AUGGAGCCGUUGAAAGAGUUCCAGCCUUGGUCUCCCACCUUACCGCCGUAUAAAGUCAACGAAGACCUCAAGAAACUGAGAAUCUACCCAAAGCUCGCAAACCCAGUUCACGUUCGUAUCUAUAGAUCUAUUCUCGAUACUUACCGACUCAAACAAGACGAUGGUGUGAGAUGGUAUGUGAUGGGUGAUGAUGAUAGUCUUCUCUUCGUAGACAACAUAGUGGAUGUGUUAACAAAAUACGACCACACAAAAAAGCAUUACAUAGGAACAUUUUCGGAGACGAUAAAAUCAAAUGUUCGCUUCUCAUUUGACAUGGCAUACGGAGGAGCUGGAUAUGCUCUAAGUUAUCCUCUGGUGGAAUCUUUGGUGACAAAACUAGAUGAAUGUAUUGAAAGGUAUCAUUUUAUUUGGGCAGGUGAUCAAUUACAGAGUUUUUGUUUAGCUGAUCUGGGAGCUGAUCUUAUUCCCGAGAUAGGAUUUCAUCAGAUUGAUCUACACGGUGACUUGUCCGGUUUACUCUCGUCCCAUCCAACGACUCCUCUUCUCAGCCUCCACCACUUCGAGAGCGUUGCACCACUUUUCCCAAACAUGAGCCGUCCUGGCUCAGUCCUUCACAUCAUGAAAGCGGCCAACGUGGACCAAUCACGGAUGCUACAACAGUCUAUCUGUCACGUUAGAGACAAAAACUGGACCUUCUCGGUCUCGUGGGGAUACUCAGUUCAUAUCUACGAGAAUAUAUUCCCACGAAGCUACUUAAAGCGUCCUAUUGAAACAUUCCAUCCUUGGCUCAAAGGACGGCCUCCUUUUUACAUGUUUAACACGAGGCCGGUUUCUAGAGAUCCGUGUGAAGCUCCUCACUGGUUCUUCUUUGAUUCAGUUGAAGAAGAGAAGGGAAGAGUUGUUACUUCUUACACAAGGAAGUUUCCUAGAAACAUGACUUCUUGCUCCUUCUUUGGUAAUAUCUCUGCUGAUUCUCUUGCUUGGAUCAGAGUCUUCUCUCCUAAAACUCCCAAAGAGGGGAGAAAAAUGGAAUGUUGUGACGUGGGAUAUUAUGGCGCAGAUGUUGUAGACAUGAGGCUUAGAGAUUGUAGGAGAGAUGAAAUCAUUGCCUAA